AUGUUCAAGCUAUCGGAACUAGUGCGCUGGCUGGGCCUGACCGAGUUCGAGAUCCUGGUCAACCUGUGCGGCCUGCUGGUGUUCACCAUAACGCUAGCCUUUAAGAUAUCCGGCACCUUGAAUGAGGUUUUCCCAGAGCUGAUGAAAGACUGGUUCACCGUCUUCAGUCCCUUGUUCUUCAUUGACAUCUGCAAUGCGUACUUCUGCGUCAUUGUGGGCAUCCGCAUGUAUCUGGACUCUGACAACAAGCGCAAGGCGCUGCAUCGCUUCAUGUGGAGCACCUACUUCCUAGUGCUGAUUGCCAUCUUCAAGUAUCUGUUGUGUCUCAAGCUGUCGGGCAGGAAUACGGCGCUGGAAUACAGCGAGGUCUUCUCGCCGAUAUUCGUCUUGCUGCAGUUGGUGGCUGUCCGGGCCUGUCAGCUGCCCAAUUCUAUAUAAUCUAUAGAUUUAGCUUAGAUUCUAAAUAAACCAUUGUUAAAAUAUAAAAUUCAAAGGAAUCUAUCGUCAGUGUUGGGCAAUUCGAGU